UUCUUUCCACGUGUCCCGGGGGAAAUAAAUCAGGAAACUUUCUCUGGUCCGAGGUCUCCACACUCCGUCUCAGUGAUCUCGGAACGAUGUCGGGGGACAGCACGUCCGACGAGGAGGGAUCGCAGGAGGAUUCGCCGCGAUACGACAUCGACGAUCUGGAAAUAAUCAAGACCAUAGGUACGGGUACAUUUGGCAGAGUGGUCCUCUGCAGGCAUCAGGGGACCCCGAUGGCCCUGAAGAUCCUCUCGAUGGUGGACGUGAUCAGACUGAAGCAAGUGGAGCACGUGAGAAACGAGAUCACGGUCCUGAAGGAAGUCAAUCAUCCCUUUAUCGUGAACAUGCUCUGGAGCGGAAGGGACGAGGCAAGGGUGUACAUGCUCCUGGAAUUCGUGGCCGGUGGCGAGCUGUUCUCUUACCUGAGAGCGGCUGGUCGAUUUUCCGGGCCCACCAGCUGUUUCUACGCGGCCGAGAUCGUAUGCGCCUUGGAAUACCUUCACAGCAAGCACAUUGUCUACCGUGAUCUGAAGCCCGAGAACCUUCUACUGGACAGCCAAGGCCACCUAAAAAUCACCGACUUCGGCUUCUCCAAGAAGCUCACCGACAGGACGUGGACGUUGUGCGGCACGCCCGAAUAUUUGGCGCCAGAGAUCAUUCAGAGCAAAGGGCACAACAAGGCUGUCGAUUGGUGGGCGCUCGGGAUUCUGAUCUACGAGAUGCUAGCCGGUUUUCCGCCGUUUUUCGACGACAAUCCGUUUGGUAUCUACGAGAAGAUAUUGAGCGGCAGGAUAGAGUGGCCGAAACACAUGGAUCCGAUCGCUAAGGAUCUGAUUAAGAAGCUUUUGGUCGCCGAUAGGACGAAAAGAUUGGGGAACAUGAGGCAGGGCGCUGACGACGUGAAGAGGCAUCGUUGGUUCAAGCUGGUCGAGUGGCCAUUGGUACCCCAAAGAGCUCUCACUCCUCCCAUAAGACCUCGAGUGAAGGCGCCAGGUGACCCCAGCUGCUUCGACGACUACCCCGAAACCGAUUGGCGAUCGCAGCCACCUCUGCCGCCGGAACAGCUGGCUCUCUUUCAGGAUUUCUGAUCACGAACAUAUUAGUCCAUAAAUCGUUCGAAUACGCGAGGACCCACCCACGCGCAAAUUCGGAUUCAGACGUUCACGAUCCGUUGAAGAGCGCGUUAAUGGCGUCGCAAGUCGGUACAAAAUAACGGUCAGUCGUCGGUACUAAAAUUACUUCUUUUACUUUGUAAAUAGUCCUUUUGUAUAUCGUUCUGUGUUAUUUAUUUUUACGUUCUAUGUAGGAUAGACGAUAUCGUUGUUUUCUUUUUCUAAUUGUUACUACGAGCGACACUGUAAAUAAAAAAAACAAAAGGAAAGAUAACAGAUCGAAGGAUAGAACAGGGUUCGAUUUUCGAAGCAAUAUAGGAUGGAGUUGUUCGAAGACAUUUGAUACACACGUAUGUUCCUUCUAAUGUAUAAGCGACCGAAAUGUGUUAACAGAAAUAUAAUAUAAUUUUGUAAGACCACACGUGUUAAGAUAUUGUAACGACGUGUACAUGUGAUACAGAUUGUUGAUAAUUAAAUCGUGCACUUCUU